GCGAACGGGCCGGGGACGCGGCGGCGGCGGCGGCAGCAAGAUGGCGGCCAAGUCGGAUGGCGGCGGCGGCGGCGGCGGCGGCGGCGGCAGCGGCUUCGCCCAGCUGCACAACCUGGACGAGGCGGCGGCGGCCACGGGCGGCGGCGUCGGGGCAGCGGCGGCCGAGGUGGCGGAGGAGCCGGGCGCAAGCAGCUCCUUGCACAUCUGCCACUGCUGCAACACGUCGUCUUGCUACUGGGGCUGCCGGAGCGCCUGCCUGCGGAACCUCUUCGGGCGGGCCGCCGCCACCGCCGCCGCCGAGCCGCUGGCCCCGCGCCCCCCCGCCGCCGCCGCCGAAGGGCCGCCGGAGGGCGGCGAGGCGGCCGAGCGGCCGUGGCUGGACUGCCUGUGGAUCGUGCUGGCGCUGCUGGUGCUGCUGGGGGAUGUGGGCACGGACCUGUGGCUGGCGCUGCACCACUACGGCCGGCGGGACUACUUGUGGUGCGGCCUCACCCUGGCCUUCGUGCUGCUGCCCUCGGUGCUGGUGCAGAUCCUGAGCUUCCGCUGGUUCGUGCAGGACUACACGGGCGGCGGGCUGGGCGCCGUGCAGGGGCUCAGCAGCCGCGGGCCGCCCAUGAUGGGGGGGACCGCGGGCCGGCGUGGGGGACCCGCCGGCGGGGUAGGAGGAGCCGGCGGCACCGCCACCCCCGGGGCGCAGCGCCUCUGCAGGAUCUCCGUCUGGGUCUGGCAGUCCGUCAUCCACCUGCUGCAGAUGGGGCAGGUCUGGAGGUAUAUCCGAACAAUGUACCUGGGGAUCCAGAGCCAGAGGCGGAAGGAACACCAGCGGCGUUUCUACUGGGCUAUGAUGUACGAAUAUGCAGACGUAAACAUGCUGCGCCUCCUGGAAACGUUCCUCGAGAGCGCCCCUCAACUGGUGCUACAGCUCUGCAUAAUGAUCCAAAAGAACCGUGCAGAAACAUUACCAUGUGUGUCCUCUGUGGCCUCCCUGAUGUCCCUGGCUUGGGUGCUAGCCUCCUAUCACAAGCUUCUUCGGGACUCUAGGGACGACAAGAAGAGUAUGAGCUACAGAGGGGCCCUCAUCCAUCUCUUCUGGCGCCUCUUCACCAUCUCAUCCCGAGUUAUUUCUUUUGCUCUCUUUGCUUCCAUCUUCCAGCUCUACUUUGGGAUCUUUGUAGUGGUCCAUUGGUGUGCCAUGGCUUUCUGGAUCAUCCAUGGUGGGACAGAUUUCUGCAUGUCUAAGUGGGAGGAGAUCCUCUUCAACAUGGUGGUAGGGAUUGUGUACAUUUUCUGCUGGUUUAAUGUCAAGGAAGGGCGGACUCGAUACCGAAUGUUUGCGUAUUACACGGUGGUCCUGACGGAGAACGCUGCCUUGACGCUCCUUUGGUAUUUUUACAGAGAUCCUGACACCACUGACUCCUAUGCCGUGCCAGCACUGUGUUGUGUCUUUCUUAGCUUUGCUGCUGGGAUAGCUUUGAUGCUGUUAUAUUAUGGUGUGCUGCAUCCCAUGGGGCCAAGAGCUAAGAUCUUUGCCAGCUCCUGUUGCGCCGAGCUGCUCUGGGGCAUUCCUUUGCCCCCCGAUGUUGAGCCCAUGGCGCCCCAAACCCCUGGGUACCGGGGGGCCCAGGCUACGCCCACCAGAGCGGUCACGGAGCAACAGGAGGAACUCACAGCUGACACUUGCUUGCCCGUUUUCCAGGUGAGAGCAAUGGUACCAUCUACUCCAUCUGGGCGACCCUACCCCCCCGAGGGGCCUCUCAUUAAGAUUGACAUCCCAAGAAAAAGAUAUCCUGCCUGGGAUGCUCAUUUUGUAGACAGGAGGUUAAGAAGAACUAUCAACAUCCUCCAAUAUGUCACCCCCACAGCUGUAGGUAUUAGGUAUAGAGAUGGACCUCUCUUAUAUGAGUUGCUACAAUAUGAAUCUUCACUUUAAAGCUCCUUAAAGCAAAAGUAAAAGAGGGGACCUUAUUUUUGUUUACGGUAAACACAGAUCAUGAAACAAACACAAACCUUCAGAUAAGCUUUCUUUCUGGUUGCUGUAUGUAUAAAAAAAAAAAGAUAUUCUCUAUGUUUUGUAAGUAAAAACAAAAAGAAAAACUUUUCUUUUGUUUUUUACACACAAGAAACAGUAUUUCAACUUCCACACCUAGGAUUCACAGGUGGAGAAGGAGGCAUCUCCACAUCAGUUUUAUACCGUACACCAAGUGUAGAACAUUAUUUAUGGGAUUGGUGCUGAUUGAAAAAUAAAAAAAAAAAAACAAACAAACAAACCUACAACUGCCUUAUGCCCUUAGGUGCUGAGUUUCAUUAAGUACUGUCACCUUUCUCAUGCAAAACUCUUUGAUGAUUAUAUGCCAGGAAAAAAAAAACAAAAGAAAAACCAACCAUCCAACUGAAAUGCAAACUUUAAAAUUAAAAAAAAAAAAAUUUAACAACAACAACAAAAAGAGAGAAAUGUAUGAAAAAAAAUAGUCCUGUUGCUCAUAUUGGAUUUAGCAGAAAAAACCCUCCAAAUGUCUAAAGAUAAGAAAGAAAAGAUAAGAAAGCAAAGCCAAGACAACCCCAAUGGAGUUUGAUUUUUCCAACAGCUGAAAUACAAAAUCAGGUCUGUAAGAUAAUUUGGCAAGGAAUUUAUAACACCAUUGGGCCAAGCCUUGACCGAGUCGUGUUAUAAAGGUGACCCCACCUUGGGACUGUUUUCCUCGUGGAAAUGGAUCCUGUACAAAGGUGGGAUUGUACCAUAUCAGUGUGAAAAUACAGGAUCUGAUCUUGUUCCCAACAAGUGCUCGUGCUAAAGCCCCACUGUCUCCAGUGGAGCAAAUACCAACAGUCUGAGCCCAGAAUAAGGCCUGCCACCUUGAUUUCUGGAAAAUGUGAAAUUAUCAAAAUUAUAAACCAAAAAUGCGAUCUGAAAGUACAUUUCCACAUAUCUAAUAAUUAUUUCAGUAAUAAUAAAACUCAGCAUGGUAGCAAAAAGCGAGUCAAUUUAAAGGCACAAUACUUGAUCAGUGACUGGCAAAAUAAUUUGACCUACUGUAUCAUUUUAAGGCUGUGAAAGGCAUACAUGUAUUAUUUGUAAUCUCGUGUAAGACCUGUCAUGUCUCAUUCAGUGCGAGCCUUAAAGUGAUUGUAAAGCAUCCUUUGUUCCAUUUUGGGGAUUUUUGGGUUUUGAUUUUUUGUUUUGUUUCUGUUUUGUUUUUAAGGAAAACAAAACAUGAAAAGUCGGGAUUAAAAAAAACACAAAAAACACAAAAAACAAACAACAACAAAACAACCAACAAAACUUCUUCAAACGGUAAUAACCUGUAAAACUGACUCACGUCUCGAGAUGAAUUUGGUGCUUUGUAUUUCUGUUGAUGUUGUUGUUGUGAUUUAGCUGAGAAAAUUCUUCGACUCGGUUACGUGUGGGGAACUGCUGAUAAAAACUGUCUCGUGUCACCCUCUACUGUAAGUACAUGGCGAGAAACAACAACCAGAGGAAACCCAAGAGCGUAGCGAGAGCGCCGUGGUUUAGCUUAGCCUUCCACCACCAGGAGAUGCUGCCACCUCCAAUGUUGGCAAAGCCCAGACGGUCCCGCCGAGGGCUGUGGGGUUGUCUUGACAUUUCCAAAUAACCCGCUCGGUGUCUGAACAUUCUCAUCUCUCUCGGAUUCUGUUUCUGUGCUGGAAUAUCUUGGGGCUUUUUUUUUCGAGUUAAAUCACCGGGUUUGCGUCUAUCCGACACUCUUUUUUUGUUUCGAGAGUAUUGCUCCUUUAAAGGAAUAUUCCCGUUUCAGGGCAUCUUUUCAAUCCCACCAUCCCUCGACUUGGGAGGGGAAAAACAACAACAACAAAAUGAGAUAUUUUUAAGUGAAUGCUGUAGUAUUUUCUGUGUGUAAUUGCAAUUUUUUAUUCCAGAAAUACUGUAACUGUCUAGGGUGCAAAACUCCCAUGCUGACCUAUUCUGAUAAGAAGAUCAGCAUGGAGGAAUAUUUUUUAAUUAUGAUUAUGAUUUUUUUUUAAUUUCAGGAAUCAGUUGUUUUUUUUAAUUAUGAUAGUGUUUAAAAAAACUAGUACCAAUUUUAUAUAACAGUUUAAAGAAGCUGAAUGCUUUCUUCGCCUGAAUAUACCUGAAGAGAAACAUUUUUUUCAAUCAGUGAUCCUUUGCAGUGUUCUGAGAAAACAUUGGGGUUUCUUCAGUUGUUUCAUUUUGUUUUGUAAAGGAAACUUUCAACUGGUGUCUGUCCCCUUCAAGGAGGACAGGGCUCCUUCACGCCAAACUAUAGACACACGGCAAAGUUUAUACAAAGCCAAAUUGUCAGUGGUACUGUAAUUCCCAGUCAAACUCCAUUUCAGGCAGAUGUUUCUGGGCUCUGAUUACAACCAAUGUGAUGGUCACAUUUUCAUGCAAAGGGAGGGAUUUGGUCUUGUCAUCCCCUGUCUAACUCCCCAGUCCCUUGUUUGCUCCGCACAUAAAUACAUACAUAUAUAUAUAUACAUGAACUGAUAUAUAUUUGUGAAAAGCUUUCAUUUCCCUUUUCCAUUGUCUGUGCCCCACAGCCAGUUCCUUCUCACGUGUUCUACUAACAUUUCACCCUGUUUCUCCCCUGAUCAGUGUGCUGUCUCCAUAAAAAGAGGUAAUUUGUGAAGUGAACUCGCUGUCCCCACCUGCUGAGUCCUAAAAACAUGGACGUGCCCAUCUUCCAGCUACAGGCCUGCAUUUCUCCUUCCAGAACUUUCUUUUGACUUGCCUUUAAUGUUAGCGUAGACUUAUCUUGAUCUAAUUCCCCAUGUAAAGGCUCCCCUUGGUCCUUGCAUGAAGAGCUCUCCUCCUCACAUUUGCAUUUCCGUGGCAAAAGCAUGAGAAAGGAAUGGAUGGCAAACAGCCCCUGCUGUUCCCAAGGGACCAUUUUUCCAGGAGGUGGCAUUCUUGUUUUCAAAAGCACCCUAAGAAGGUCCUGCUCCCCAAACUCAUCAACCCUGAGGUCUGGAAAUGUGGUGCUGAUCACUGACUCCAUUGAACAGCCGGACCCUUCCCACCAGGACAGUGACAACGAGCCAAGGCACAGUCACCAGGUGCCAGGAGGAGGAGACCCUUCAGUGUUGCCUCUCAUGAGCAACUCCAGCCUGCCUUCCCUCAGGAACGGGAUCUUACUCCACACCACCACACCAACAGCCGUCGCUUCCGCCCUGUGCCGGGAGUGGAGGGGCAAAACACUCUGGAAGUGUCCUUACUUCUCAAUGCAGUGCUAACUUCUCACAACCAAACCAGCUUAACCAAGGGCUUGACACGUCCCUGUUCCAAAGCCCUCCUCCUUCGUGGCUCGUAGUGUGGAUAACAACAAAGGCAGGUGCCUCCACUGCGAGUUAAGACUGUUUCACUACUUGCAUAAACUUUCUGCCUCUGCUUCUCCUUUCUUUGAAUGAUAUCCAUCAGCAUCUUCAUUUAGCAAAGGAUUUCCAGGGAGAGCCUCUGUCAUCCCUGAAGAACUAUUUCUUUUUCCGGGACUUCAUUACGGCCUUAACAUAAAGCACGUGCUCUGCCACUACUCCCAACAUGUUCCUGGUGGACAGUUUGGAGUGGUGACCAUUUCCUUUUGGGAUUACCUGUGAUCUUGUUGCCAAACAGCGCCUUUUGCCAAGCCAAAAGCUCAGGGUGGAAAACUACCCCAGCCCUUUAUUGGUACUAAUCUCAGUGCUAAGAGUCUCAUCCUCUCCUCCUGUUUUAUUUUUCUGCCCUUUGAAUUUUUGGUGUGCACUUUUGCAGGAUGGUCAGCAACUUCUUUUGGUUUCACUUUGAUUUUAACUCCUCAGCUUUUGCCUGGUACCUUUUUUAUGCCAUAUCCCACCUUCUGGCCAGAAGAUACUGCAUGAGGAGCUGUUCAAACCGCUGUGGAGAAGGUUGAGCCUGUAUCUAUUCACAAGAUUGGUGGGCAAGUUCUCUGGCACAUUUGUGGUGCUGGAUUCACCCUGGGAUCAUCUAAACCAGCCAAGUGUGCCAUGCCAGGGCAAUGCCAAGGCACCAGGGCUCCACCAUCCCGACUGUUAUUGCUCAAACCUUCCCUGGCAUGGUUUUGAUCCACUCCAAGGAGUUCUGGGCUCAGGAACAGCUUGCCCAGGCUUUGGCACCAGCCAGAGUUCAUCCCCAGUCGGCAGUUUGGAUGCAGCUGCUCCAUAUCAGGGGUGGAAGUUUUUCGGAAUCAGGAUGGGGCCAGCACUACUCAGUUGACUUUGUGGCCAGAAUGGAUCCUGAAAGAGCUUAAUUUCCUGAUAAAGAUGUAACUCCAUGCCACAGACCAGGAUGCAGAAGGUGGUGGAGUACGUCAGCUCCGAGCUGGCAUUUUUCUGUUUUCUGCCUGAUUCAAUGGACAAGUUAUUUUUCAGUUCACUUUGUUCCUUUUGCUGAGGUUGUUUUGCAAACUGCAUCACUUUUAUGGCUCGGAUGUCAACCCAUCCAUCCCUCCAUCCAUGUCAGAUGGAUGGCAUGUUUACUGUGAUAGUGUUACACAUCCAUAGGCAGCUAAUUCAGAGACAGGAAUCAUUCAGACCAUAGCAAAUCAACGGUGGAAACACAGGAAUUACAAGGUCCUUGCCCAUGCCCUUGUCAUGCUUUGCCACCCAUACGAGGCAUUUUUCAUCUGCAGCUAAUCCAACCUGAACUGUAGAAAAGGAGCCAAUGGUGAAUAUUUAUCACUCCAAAGUGCAAGCGAGACACCCAUUUCAAGUGUAAAUAUAUAUAUUUUCAGUGUUUGGGAUUGGUGCUACUUCUCUGCUUCACCCCAUCCUUUUGUGCACCUGCCAAAAGUCAGCAGUCAUUUGCAUGUAUUUUUAUUUCAAGCUGACUGGAUGAAAUGGCAAAAUUAAUUCCAAGCUUUAGUGAAUUGUCUGCUAAAACCUGGCUCACGAGAGGAGCAUCACUAUUGACUUUCAGAGUGCAACCACCCCGUGCUCUCUAGAUAUAUUUUUGUACACACAAGAUUCACUUCACAAUUUAUCCCACCCCUGGCCCUGCAUGUCACACCUGUCACCUGCAUACCUGCAGCAUGACUAAACCUCCUGAAGAAAAUGUGGUCUGAGGUUAGUCCAGCAUGAUUUCAUUGAAGCUCAGAGGUGCUUUGAAAAGGAAAACUUACUACUGUGCAUUUGCAAAACCUUUUAGUGCCUGCUUGCUGGGCAGCUUGGGCAGGAGACAAUUGGGAAGCUGCCGGAGUCAGUGGAAAUUUGUGGAGACAGGCUUUCCUAGGAUUUUUCCUUCUUUUACUGGGUUUGCUUUCCUCUGGGUUCUGCUCAGAUCGAAUGUGGUCCUGCAAAAGAAAACCCACCAGAAAACAAAAACCCAAAUAACCAUGACAAAAUAAGGUCUAUGUCAAUCCCCACAGAAGCUGAGGUGGCUGAUGUAGGAUGGUAGGGAUGAUGUGAACUCUGUUGUGGACCCUUUGCAUGCUGUUCUUUUGGCAGUUGUCUCAAGCCCUGGGGGCUUUGGGAAUGGUGCUUUCCCAGGUUAUGAUUGCUGGUUUUAUUUUUCCUUGAAGCUCAGGUGUAUUCUGGUGCAGAGAAUCUCAGCCUGGUUUGAACGAGGAGAUUUGAGGCUAUCCCAAAUAGACGUGGGCAAACCUUUCACUGUGUGCAGAACGCAUUUCCAGACCUUUGGGUACCGCUAGAGGUUGUUGCAAUCCACUUAAUUCUCCAUGAGCACGUUCAGAAUCGCUUCAUUGUUCUGUUGUGUUUGAACUUGGGAAUAAUGGUGGUUACUCUUUCCUGUCGAGGUGUGAUGUGAAGAAAGGGAGGAGUUUUCCUGCUGGGCUGGGUAUUGCCUGUGUUCAACCCUUGUUCCUUACUUGAAGCUCAGACAGUGGGAUAAUGAGAAAAAUGGGAAAAUGAGAUGACAGAUCGCUGCAUAUGUUCCAUUGGCUCUUCACUGAUGAGGAGGGAGGCAACUGGUGACUAUUAAAAUAAAUCUGCAUAAACCAUCUGGACCUCAAUGUAUAUUCAGACAUGCACAGAACCCAAUUGGAAAGUGAUGAUGUUGAUAAAAUAAUGUGGAUAGCUUUUCCUGUCCUAUAUUAAGAACCUAAAAACCAAACCAAACCAAAACCAAGCCCUGCAAAUGGAAAAAAAUUAUUUGACAGCAGAAACCUUCCUGUGCCCUCCCCAUUCCUUUGGGACACAUGCAGCAAGGCAACUGUUUGAAAGCCAGGCACUUUGUAAUCCGCGGAGUUAAUUGGAUUUGUGCAAUGCUGUGUUUGUCAGAUGGUCUCUUACAGAGAGCGUAGGAAGUGGCCACGGUCUAAAAGUCAUUGCAGAUUUUUGGGUGACAGUACUCCUGGGUUUCGACCCCAGCUCUGCCACGAAGUUGCUGUGUAACCUUGGGCAAGUGAUUUAACCUUUCUGUGCCUACAGUUUACCCAUCUGUACAUGGGUAUAAUAAUAUUUACCUACCUCACAGGGGUGUUGUGAGGCUUAAGUUAACGCGUGUGAGAGGUGCUGGAAGUGCGCCAUGAAAAUUUGAUUCUUUCUGGGUUUGUGCUGUUGUGGGGGAUGAGCAGUCAAGGGGUGGGUUACAACAUGCAGAAGGAAAAACUGCUGGUGCAUGUCUUAAGAAAGUGGUUUGAAGUCUUUUCUCUCCCCAAAAGCAAGGAACGGAGAAAAUUGUGCGCCAACUGAACAGCCUUGCUUUCCUGGUCAAAUGUAACAGCACUAUUUGCAAUAUUAUUUUCUUACACAACAGGUGACCUUUCCCUUUUCCUUGCUGUUUCUGAAAACUUGAAACUAAAGAUGACAAAAGUAUUUCUGAAUCGAACAGAUUACUGAUGAAUACUUGAAUUUCUUUAAAAGUUGCUCUCAUCAGCCACGGUUAAAUGUGCACUAAUCUUUCAGUCAUCAGCUUCCAUCUGAAUACAGUGAAAAAUUUGCUCACGCUGUUUUGGAAUAGCCUGGACCUUAUUUGGGAGGCUGGUAUUGCUGAGGACUCUUGUAGGCAUGGGAAAACUAGUGUCUCAACUGAUAAACAUGUGAAAAAAUAUCUUUUUUUCUUUCUGUUUUUGCCUUUUAAGUUCUUUGACUGCCUAAGACAGCACAAUAAUUGCAGUUUACUUGGUUGUACAGUAGCUUUUUUUUGGGUUUUUUUUUUGUUUUUGAACUGUUUCCUUAUGCAAAGGGCGAAGGUGGGAUGUGAAAGGAUAAAAUAGACCCAACGCUGCUCCCGUGCAACUCUUCCCGAAGUCCCUGCUUUCCUGGAGAAAAAACCUGUGCCACACCUAGAGAGACCAGACCAGGCUGCCUUCACCAUCCUCCUGCAGGCAAAACUUCCCUUGCCACCUGUGAGAGUUUUGGCUGUUGGUUCCAUGUCCAUCGAGGUGGAUUCGUCCCUGGCUGAGCCCCAAGCCAUGUGGGUGAAAGCCAGGAUAACUUUCUUUAGAACGAGGGAAGGGAUCCUGUUCAUUGCUCCAAAUGUCACCACUGGUCAGAUGAUUCAGAAGGGAAAAACAUGUGAUAGUAAGCCUGGGGUUUAGGGGUUUUUUUGUCUUUUUAUUGUCUAAGUGUCCUGACCAUUGUAUGAUGUCUCUUGUGGGAAUGCAAUGCCAGACAGGACUCCCUGCUCCCUUUUGGAGAAGUUUUGUGAGGCCUGCUCAUGCACUCCUUACUCAGGCAAAUCUCCUGGGUUUUGUUGUUGGGUCUCCUUUUGUGUCCUGAGUAAGGACUGUGGAGUCUGGUCUGUUUGGGAUUGCUGGGAGGUGUUUCAGGUGGCCAUUGUCUUCUCUAGCCCAAGACUUGCCUUGAAUGAAGCAAGAAGGAAGCUCUGGUCUGGUCUGCCAUGUACCUUUCCUGUCCCUUCUCUGUAUCCACCAUGGGGAGGGAGUUCAAAAUCUUCUGGCUACAGGGGCCAGGCUCUUCCACCUGAAUUUCCAGGCAGCUGCACAUCUUCCUGCUGGGGCGGAGCAAAUUUAGAAGCCCCACUCCUGCAGAUGGGCCGCCGCUCAUUCGCAUCGGCUUUGGGUCUGCUUCUUCCCCGUCCUUCUCCCCAGCUGUUUCUUUGCCCUGUUUUAAGCACUCAGUUUGGUGCAUCUGAGUUCUUUUUACUUCUUCUGUUCAAAAAAAAAAAAAAAAAGAUUGAUGUUGGGAAAAAACAGCAAUGUAACUCCUUCGGUGCUAUGCUAACUGCUUUGUUUGACCCAACCAAACGCUGGCCAACAAACAAAUAUUCCCUCUUUGUCCUAAAAAGCACCACACAUCUGUGUCUUGAACAGGGAUGGACUGAGAGGGCUGAGAGAGGGCAAGUGUGGUUUUGAAAGCAAUUAAAGUCUCAUGUGUAUCUGGUAGAGCGAAAAGAUGUAGGUGCAGACUGCUUUCAAAGCUCAUUGUCACCCACCUUGUGGAAUUAAAUAGGAUAUAGCCUAUAAGGUAUUGAGGGCAUUAUAAUAUAUAUAUAUAUAUUUUAAAAAAAAAGACAAGAAGUUCACAUUAUUGAUAAAUCACCCUUUAAUUCUCCUGAACUUGUGCUGUUUAACAGGGAAACCACCUGGUUGUUCUUGCACCCUGUUGUUUUGGUACGACCUACUUUGGCAGUGAGAGUAAAACAGCAGGAAGAGAGAGAAUUCUUCCUACUAUAUAUUAAGCCUGAAGUGAAGUGGGUGUCUAUAAAUUUUCAGGAUUAAAGGGAUUAAUCAACAUGUAUGUCUGAGUCUAUAUCCCGAGUCCCGUGGAAAUAUAGGAGAGCAUACAUGCCAUGUUACUGCAGCAGUAUAUAUGUUUUAAUAUAUAUGAACACAUUGUGAAUUCCAAAGGGCUUUUUUGAGAUGAGGAAGGUCAUUCCUGGUGAGAGGUGCUAGCAAUUUGGGAUUUGCAAGCAGGGUUGAAAUAAACAUUCCUUGUAGGUUUUUUUUUCCUUUUAUUUAAUUAAAAGACCAUCAGAAGCUUAAGGUCCUGAGGAAAUGCUGUCCCACCUAUCUUCCACUUCUUAAGAGAUUUGGAAGCAAAAUUUGACAAAACAUGAGGGCCAAACUCAGCAUCAGGAUAAAUCAGUAGAGCUCCACUGAUGGCCAGGUGCCUCCUUACACUAUCUAUGCUAAAAACACUAAUUUCUGCUGGUAUGGGGAGCCCAAACAGGGCCCUAUCGGUCUUUUCCUUCAACUGUGACAAUAGAUUUCAUGUUUGAGCUUGCAGAGUUUGUCAAAACCCAGGCAAAACUUGGGCAAAAGCAGGAGUAUCUUUCCAAGAGGAGCCAUCUGAGUCUAGCCUACCCCUGCUCUCUAUGGGGGCUUUGUAGUCCCUGGCAUUAGCUGAAGAAGAGAUGGUUUCUCCUUUCACCAGUAUCAGCACUGCAAUGAGAACAGCCCUGUCAACACAUGCAGCAAACAGGGCCCUCCUUUGCAGGGAGUAAACCCUCCAAAUCUGAUUUCAAGCCCUUUAAAUUCAAAUGCCAAAUGCCACUCAAAGGCAAUGAUUAUUGUUUUGCCUCCAGAUGUCAUUCCCAUUCAUCAGUCACAAGGACAAGCAGCUCAUAUUUUCCUUUCUAGCUGUAUUUACCAAUAAAACUUGCUGCCAGUGCCAGAACCUCCUCCCUCAGCCCCAGCUGAACGCCACCUGCAUGCCGCCCCCGCCUUUCCUCUCCUUCUUCCACUCUAAAACCAAACACUGUUCCUUCCUAACUAGGGAAAAUCCAGGACAAAUGCCAGCUGAUUACACCUGCAAUCUGUUCUCUUGAGGGGUUGGUUUCAGUUUCUGAGGGCACGCAAGUGCACUCAGGGACACACACCCGCAGGAAUUUCAGCAGCCUCUUGACUUCAGCUGGGUGAUUCUUGGGGUUGUCCCAUGCAGGGCCAGGAGUUGGACUUCCAUGAUCCUUGUGGAUCCCUUCCAGCUCAGGAUAUACUGUGAUUCUAUGAGCUGACAUUGUGGGAGAAACUACAAAGUGCUCCCCAAGCAACCCCCUCAAAUUAUUUCAAUUUCAAACCAUACCCCUAUACCUGUUGUUUUGUUUUGGUUUUUUUUUUUCAAUAAUCAUUAAAAUCUCAGUAUCAGCCAACAAAUUCGUGAUGGAUAAGUAGUAGGGAAAGUGGACUGGUUUGCACUUAUCCAUAGACUUUCCAGAACUACUCAAGCAAUUAAACAAGCCUUAAAUUAGAUGUAAUUGCAGUCAUUUGGAGGAGAGCUGUGAUGCAUGUUUUCUGAAGGAGGGUCUAAACAAGUAUCACAGCCAAAUCCCUUUGUCUCCUAUCUUUUCUUUGUAGGGAGAGUGAGAGGGAAGAGAUUUUAUCUUGAAUAUCAAAGUUUUCCAUUAGCUACAAAAUAUGUCCCUUCCCAAAAUGGAUCUAAAACUUGAGGGAGUCUCCAUGGAAAAUAUUUUCCUACCAGAAAAAAAACCAAUCGUUCUGGCUACUGUUUCUGCUCUGCAAACUUUUACCAUUCCAGCCUUUUUUCCCAAUGAGGAAUGGGAAUUCAUUUUAAAAGUGUUUUAUUUACUCAGGGAAGGACUAUUUCACAGCUCGUUUUGGUGACUCCUGUCACUGGGCCAAGUUUGGACCAUUCCACUAAAUCUGAUAUGGCCACCCAUUAUGAAAAGAGUAUGAGAUUAACAGGUGGGGUGACAUUCUUGCCUGGUUUCCUGUGUGUUUCUUGUUCCAGACUAAUAAGAACAAGGAAUCUGUCUUUGGGAAUCUGACAGCAUGCUUUAUGGUGGAGCUGUUUCCCUGAAACCAGAAUUAUCACAGGAAGGCUCUAUAUUCUGGAGCCUUUGAAUGACUUUCUGAUUGCAAGGAAAUGCCCUUCCUGUGGUGUGAAUAUUUUUGAUUUAUUUUGAAAGUCAUGGUGCCUGAAGAUCCACAUUCUCUCUCCAUCUCUGCCAUGGGCUGUUGGUUGGGAAAGCAAAGAGGAGUUUAGGGUUGUGUCUGCUGGCAGGUGUAAGAUGUUCCCUGGUGCCCUUGGCCUGUUUUCCAGGGCAUGUGAUAUGGGAAUGGUCAGUCUGAUGCCACCUCCAUCCCUGGAUCUCUGCCACAUUUACCCCAGGUGUUGCAAUGUGCUUUUAAAGAUCUUUGUCAAUCUUACAUCUUGCAAAGCUCUUCUGAUUGAAAGGAAACCUAAAAGUCUACAGAAACCUCUCAAAUGAGCUGUCAUCCUAGGAGAGUUUUUGAUUAGUGAAUUUUGAUAGUACUGGAAAAUUGGCACAGCCACAGAGAAUAGCACAAUUUAAAUAUUUCUAUUGCAGAAGUGCCACUUUUCCCAUAAACAUUGAAAUUUAACUAAUCACUACUGGAACCUGUUAACACUCAAAACCUGGAAAACACUCUUGUACUUGAUUCCUCAAAUAAACCUUAUUCAAGGAGAACAAAUUUCACAACCACUACAAAGUUGCAAAACUAAGUUUUUAGGGUUACAGGGUUAACCUGGGGGGUUUGGCAGUUUUUUGCUCCAUGUUUAAUCUGUAAACUGAAAGGGAUAAAGAUUCCCUUACAAGGGUGAUGAGAGGAUUAUUUAGAAAAUGUUGGUGAUGUGCUUCCAGACCUUAACAUCAAAAGUGGUGUGGGACCAUGGUAGUGGUCAGCAGAGCAGACAAAUCCAUCAUGUCACCUUCUUUUUUGUCCCUGUUUGGCUCAGCAGACACAAACAGGCAGAUUGUUCUGAAACGUCGCAAUAAGAUUUUGGGAAAUGCUUUUCUCCAUCCUCUGAAAUGCCCCUCUCUCCCCAUGGCAAGCAUCCAGGGAAGUCAACUGAGAAACCAAGGAUUUAGCACACUCCUGUUGGGCCAUGGGCCAUGUUGACAGCAGAGGUGGAAAGAGCACAUGGGUCCUCAGGUGCAUUCCCAAGAGUUCAUGCCACAGGCAUCCUUGUGUCUUAUUCUCCCACCCUAAAUCCUCUCUGGCCGAAAAAAUUCCAAAGAAGAAUUCUCCUCACCCCAGAGCCUCUCAAUCAGGUGCAUCAGUCAGGAACAAUGGCCUAAGACUUCCUAGUAAAAAGUACUUUUUUUGUUAACUAAGCUUGAAACUUGGUCAUGCCCAUGCCUUGAAUUUGCCUUAUAAACCAAACUCAGCCCAUUCCGAACCCAGGUCCUUCAUCUGAAGUUGUCCUUCCAGUGCCGUUCUGACCCAGCGUGGCUUGCAGGUGAAGAUUCCCAUCCAUCCAAGUUAGGAUCAAGUAUUUUCAGUUCAUCUGGGAGAGGCUGGCUUCUUCCUAGGUCAUUUCUGCACCUAAGCAAGCCUUCCUGGGAUUCUAGAAAGACUGGGAUCCAAAUUAGAUGCCCAAAAGUCAACCUGAAUGAAGAAGGAAAACCACAUCAAGUCCUGCCACAGGCAACUCCAUUAGUUCCCCACAGUGGUGUCCCAACACCAUUCUUGGCUUUUCCAGCAAGCCACACACACAGUGCUUGGGUCACACAGGGCUGCCACCAACCCCUGCUCUGAGCUGGCCAGAAGUGGCCAGGGACAGUCCUGCCCCUCCUCUCUGUCCAGUGAGUGAAUUUCCUCCACGCUUGUCGGCGUUGUCCUUGACUCGGCGCGAUGCCGCUGACAGCGGGGGCAGGCUGCUUGUCAGCAGCUGUCGGAAGAGCUCGGGAUUUUCAGAUGGGACGGGCUGACAGGUGUCAACACGAUGCAAAACCUGUGCUCUUAACUUGGCAUAGAGUGCCUGCGAGUCUUUUCCGUUUCUUUUUCGAUCACCAAGCAAUGACCUUAUGCACGGGCAGCCCAUUGGGGAUGGGCAGUGUCUGCAGCAUCUUCUCAUUUUGCAGGAGGGCUCUGAGGAUGUGCUCUGGCUUAUUCCCAGCUCUUCCUCUGUUUUCUACAUCUUGGAGGGCAAUGUGCUUAAGCGUGAUUUUAUGAGCAGAAGAAAUAGAGCAAGGGCCAACAUAAAAGUUUAGCACAGCGGAAAUGUUGAUUGAGUAAGGAGGGAAUGAGAAGCACGGGCUAAGACCUCAGAAAACGAGACGGGUGCAGGUUUCAUCUCUGCCUCAGCCUAGCAGGACUUCUGCCAACCCAUCAAAAUUGUUGUCUGUGUCCAGGACAAUUUAUUCUCUGGGCUCCCGGGGUGUGAUGGAUUGAGAUAUUCAGGACAGGGCUAUGCAGAGGGAUGAGAUCAGACUCGCUGAGCGCCUUAGACUUCCCCUGGUUUAGUGUGAGCUGAAGGCAUCCAGCACAUCCCGGGAGGCAGCCCACGGCAGGCUGUGCCCUCUUUGUGUUAGAUUAUUCCCUGAGCCCUCAAAGUUCAUUCCUGCUUUUUUUCCAUCGGUGCAGGCGUGUUGAACACGGCACAAAGAGGUCUUUUGAAUUUAGGAAGGCUGAUAAAAAGUGCCCAAAGUGCUACAUAAGAGCUCGCAAAAUCAACGCACCCCUUAAAAGACCAAACUCUGGUCUCAAUUUCACCAUCAGCCACCCUGCAUAAACCCCAGUAUUUUUUUCUGGGAAAACUGUUUUUUCUGUCAUCAGCAAGGCCACAAUUCAGCCUGGCCCCACCUGCCCUCAUGAACUCCACCAAGCUCUUUAUUUUUCUUGAUGAUGGCUAUGUUAGGGCAGCAACAUUUCAACUCUCAAAGCCUCGUGGUGCCUUUCCUUGUGGUGCUCACCCUUCACAGGACUUCAGUCAAGGCAACCACUUGCAUCCAGCAGCAACGCCAGUACUUUUCCUCUGUAUUAGGUGCCAGUGCAGUAACAGACUUUAAUGUAUACUUAUAUAAAUAAAGAUAGAUAGAUAGACAGAUAGAUAAAUAGAUAGAUAGAUUGCUAUUGUUAUAAUUAUAUAUGUAUAAUUGAGGUUUUGAUGCCGCUAUCUGGGGAAUGAACCAUUCCUCUGCAGGAUUAACACUGCUUGAGUGAAACCAACAAACGUCCUGUAAAACAUUACAACCUUGGCAAGGAGCUUCUCUUUCCCAUGGUUGUUUUUUUUUUCCCCCAGCUUCCUUCUCCACUCCCAACUCCCAGAAACGCUCUCAGUGAAAGACGCUGUUUCACAUCAUAGAAAUUUCUAAAAAUUUCUCCAAAUCUCCCCAGUGGAUGCUGCCAGGCCACAUCUUCCUCCUAACAUGGGAUGGGGAGGUCUCCCCUUGCCCUGGAAGGAGGACGAUGGGGGCGGUGGGGCAGCAUCCCAGGGCAGCAUCCUCUGCACCUUGUGGCAAGCAGUGUUAUUGCCCCCACCCCAAGAAAAACCAUCUGCUGUCGAGCCUCUCCAUCUCAGCUGCCCCAGCAACUUGGUGUGGUUUUUUUCCUCUUUGGAUGCUCGGUUUUCUGUGCUGCUCAGAGCAAGCUGCUGCCCCAGCCCUCGCUGGCAGGCAGGAGGGAAGCUGGCAAAGGCUUUGCUCACACGAGCACUUCUGCCUGACUUCAGGGGGGAGAGGUUUUUUUGUCAAAGGACUGCUGGUUUGGGUCAAUCAUCCCCUUAUUGUUACCUUUGAAGUAUUGCUGAAACUAGAGAAAGAUGAUAGAACAGAUGUGGAGUGAAGGUAUCUUUUUCCUAAAGGGAACAACACCAAUAAUACUGUAAAAGGUGCUAGAAUCAAACCUCAUUUUAUAUACUUUGGUUCUUAGAGAUUUAAAAAAAAUAAAACACACAGAAUUCUUCCUGUGCAGCCUUACUGUAGAUUGUUAUAACCAACUCAUUAUCCAAAAGACAAAAAAAAAGUGAAAAGGUUUAAAAAGGACAAAAAUGAAGUGAUCCUGUAUAAAGUGUAACAAAUAUGACUUUCCUAUAUAAAUGUAAAUGAUCAGACAUAUAUUAAAAUGCACUUGAGACAGGCAGCAAGCACGAAAAGCUUUUGAAGUAUCUUUUUUAAUGUACAACACUUGUCUUUUUUCAUUUGCCUGGUGCAAGAGGGAAUGUGCCAAGUUGCUUUUAUUUCCUUUGCAUUCUGUUUGUGAUUUUUUUGGAAAAGGACAGAGGAUUGAAAGGGGGUGGGAGGUUUAGCUGGGACAGAAACCUGGAAUAUUCAUCUCAAUUUUAUUUGUUUUGUUUUGUUUCAUCGUUAGUUUACAAUGUUGGUGGCAGUGUUUGGCCUCACACCUCAUCCCUCAAAUGCUUUUGAAAGCUUUGCUGCCUGCCCCAGGUUCUGAGCAUAACUCUUACCUCAAGAAAACUUUAAAAAAAAAAGGAGAAAGUCAAUUGUUUUUUCCCAUCUCUGGAAAAUUAAUGCAAACAAAUGACAACAACAAAGAGAAAAAAAAAAUUUAAAAAGCAAACAACCAGCAGUGAUGAAGGAAUGAAAAUUAAAAGAGAAAGAAGUCAAAGCAGAGGUUUGGUGAUCAAACCGAGCCAUUUUGGUGCUUUUCCCCUUUUUGUGUUGCUAAUGAUCACAAUUACAUGAGAUGGGCUUAGACAAGUCUGUGGUCUUAGGAUGUAGCAAAAAAUGUAUUUAAAAAGAAUACAAAUUUGCAUGGAACAAACUCUGAUGGAACCUUUAAAGAAUGGCUGUUUCAGUGUCAGACGUUUAAUGUUAGCAUGUGUGUGUGCUGUAAAUACCUUUUCAUGUGUGACAUGUACAGUUGACUGAGGAAAAAAAAAGUAUGGAACCGAACAAAAAAAGAAUAAUAAUCAAAUGCUAUUUUAUCAGAUGAUGCACUUUUUCACCUUGAUGAGAAGCCACUGUUCACAACUAUGCAAUCUUCCAGUUUCUCUCUCUAUCUCCUCUCUCCAACCUCAAAUUUCCCAACUAUUUUCCAUAACCUAAACCGUUUUUUCUUUUGUACAAAGAAACACAAAAAGUUCCAAACUCUGGUUCAAGGUGAGAGUGCUACUGUGACUUUUCUCAAACAAUAAGAGCUAACAAACAGACAAACAAAAGGGGUUUGGUUUUGUUUUUAAGAAAAAGGAGGUUCGGACAUGACCCUCUUUAUGUUCUCUAAGUGAAUCAAUGUUUUCUACAUGUGCCAGGCUUCUGUUGACUGUUUUUCGGGUUUGGUUUCCUUUCUUGAUUCAUUUCUCUCUCUUGAGUUUUAGAAAAUUUUUUUCUUUAUUUGGUUCCUUAUGUUUUUUGUUUGUUUUGGUUUUUCUUUUGAAUUCUGGUUUUGUAUUGUAGGUAUUGGGGAUGUGAAGAUGAAGGUGAAAUUUGGCUUAACUCCAAGUGUUUUAGUACAUGUGUGUGCUAUAUGUACAUAGUUUUCUACAUAGAAAAUUUUACGCGCUUUUUAACGCACUUUACGACUUGUAUGUACAAAGUUGUCUAUAUAGAAAAUGUAGUGAGUGUCCCCCUCAAAGAAGAGCCUUUUGAUUCCAUGACUUAAGAGGAGUUCAGGUGUUUGAAUAUCUCAUGUGCGUGUGUGUGUGUGUGUGUGUGUGUAUUAUAUACUAUAUUAUAUAUUAUAGAAAUAUAUAAUAGCCUAUGUCCACAUGAGGGUGUGUAUAAUAUAGACACACAUCCAAACCCAGGAUCAUACCCAUCUACACCAUCCAAAUAGAAGUUUUGUAGUUCUUUAAGCUGUAAUAAAUAGCCUGGCUCUACCGGGUAAAACUCCCCCUGUUCUUAGGUGAAAGGUAGAAAAUCGACCCGUUAUCCACAGUGCAUAUUCCUGGGGGAGGGAUUCAGUCUUUAUAACUUUUCUUUCCCCACCCCAGUUCGCCACGGAGAGAGUGUUGGUGAGGAAACAGGGUCAUCCAGUGAUGAGCUCAGGAAACCACGCGGCCCCCGGAGGUGGCUGCCCUGUCCCCCGCCCACCACCGGCUCCCCUGCGGCUUCGAGCACGUCGCUCCCACCUCUCUGUGCCUGUCACACGGGGGUUGCCAAUGCUGACCAAGCCUUUAAAGCACUUUGCACUCAUGGUCCUCCUCGGCACGCCCCGCGGGGUCCCCCUCCGUGCCGACGGGAGGCGAUUCGGGCCAGUUUACGGUGAGUUCUUCACCAACCUGCCCCUUGUCCUCCAGCUCUCUUCUGUUCGGGAAGCUCUCUGCUGCUUCCCUCAUCACCUCAUUUUUAUCUUCUGGCUGUGCUUCUCCUUCUUUCUACUCGAGGCUUCCCCAUCCUUGCGAGCCAUGGCCCACACUCUUCAAAUCCCUUUAUUGGAUUCUCCUCAGCCACAGCCUGGCCGAGGGCAAAAUCCUGGAUUGUUGGUGUCAACUCACUCUUACUCCAUAUAGUACACCGUGGUCUGGAUCCUUAAGGAUGCCUUCCAACUUGAGAUACUCUGUGGUUCAAUGAUUCUGUGACCUUGAAUUUCUUGAGAUAAGACAAAUAAAAUCCCAUUUCCUCAUUGGACACCUAAAUUAGUGAAGUUCCAAAACUCAUUGGACACCUAACUUAGUGAAGUUCUUCCACGUGACCAAGGAACAGCUGUAGAUACAGAAAGGGCCCUUUCUGAAGCUGGUGAAAUUGGGGAGGAUGAAGGGAAUGGAUUUGUGGCAUCUCUUCCAUGUAUCAGUGGGAACACAAGUGUCCACAUCAUUCUGUGGUCUCAAGGGUGCUUCUUCUAGCCAAUCUUCUUGCAUUUGGAUCCUCACCAAGAACUUGAUGUGAGUCUUCCUGCUCAAGGUACAGCCACAUUUAUCUGAAAACAACCAUAGUGGAAAAGCUGGAUGCCAGCAUCUGCAGUCUGUGUUAAUGAUUAUUAAUGAUUAAUUUCAUGAUCAAUCAGUAUUUUUCAAAGAGAGUACUUCCCUCCCUGCCCUGGCUCACUUAAAUUAGAAUUUCCAUUCCUGAAAAUGCAGUGUUGAGAGGCCACGUGGAGUCAUCUUCUGCCCCAGUUUCUUCUAAAGUUUUAAGGAAAAAAUUUAGGAUAGUUUCCUAAUGGCUAAAUUCAGUCAGCAGAAGAACCUAGAAGGUAAAUUUGACUCAAUCUGUAAUCCUGCAGCUAAAAUAUUUUAAGUUCAUAAUUAAGGACACUCCAACUCUUAAAGGAAGUAACUUGCAAAAGCUGCUUGUUCCAUGACUCACCAAGAAAAUCUGUUAGGGAAAAGAAAUGUAUGGAAGAUGCUUGGCAAUACUUUUUUCCUUUCUGUGUUACCCAGCCUCUUGAAAGCAAAGCAAGGCACCCUUUAGAGUAUCAAUAUAAGCACACCCAUGUUUCAGUUCCAAAUAGCUUUUUUUGGUGACAUGAAAACCCAAAUCUUUAGCAGUGUCUUUGGGAAAGAACAGGAGAAAUUCACUUUGUGGACAGUAUAAAGCCACUUUCGGCUUCCAGAGCUUAAGAAUAGGGUGCAUUUUUUGAUUCCCUCAGGUAAGGAGGUUUGUCCAAAGUUCCUUGGCUUUAUGUGAAGGGGAUCCAAUCCUCUAAUUUAGCCAGAAGAUCUGGGUAUCCCAUGAGUUAUCAAGAUCCAUUCCAUACUCAAGGGAUUCCCUACUCAGGUAGGGAUUCAUCCCAGUUGAUUUCAGAUCCGUUGUGUGGCCUUUAUUUGGUUAUGUUUAGGUGAGCUGAAUCCCAUCCAAACUGGACAGGAUUUGCCAUGCUUCCAAGACACUCUCCGCCAUGGCUUCUCAUGAGAAUUUGGUACUCUGCUAAUGAGCAUUCAAAAUUAUCUCCUUCAACACAGCUCUGGAGUCAGGAAUUUGGCAGUGCAGCCCCUGCCAGAGUGGCACUUCCACAUCAGGCAUUCCCCUGACAGGACUAAAGGUAUGGGGGAAUUAAAGAAAUGGGGGAAUCUGAUUUUCUUAAGUGCUACACAAUUCCUGUGAUCAUCUUCUGGUUGCUGUAGGGGUUCCCAAAAAAUCUCUUGGAAAUGAAUACACAAGCAAUAACCUUCUGUGUGUUUUCCUAAAAGAUAAGGUCAUUCUCUGACAGUGACUUGUUCAGUUCACACAGAGAGCUGGUAGCAGUCACACUGGCUUCUCCUCCUGCUCAUUCGCAAUUUGUUCUGGUCAAUUCUCCUCAUUUUCUUUAAUCCAGCCAUGACAUUGUAAAUGAUAGAAGAAUAAAACUCACAUUGUCACUGUUUGCACAAGAGCUGGGGAAUCGUGCUUCUUCCAGGGUGUUACUUCCUCCCUUUGUAAGAAGAUUAGGAGAUGUUUGAGCAGCCAAAAAGGGGCUUCCUAGUCCAGAAAAUCCAACUUGCUUUUGUCUGUGUUGGACACAGAGCCCUGAGAGCUCCUUACACUACUGAUAAUUCAUGCUCCUGAAUGAUACGAGGGUGCCAUAUCUAUCUUUUGCUGCAGAUGCCACCCCAUGGAUGAAGGUGAUCCUAUGGCCCAAAGAACUUUUACCAACCAUCCCUGUGCUGGAAACACAUUGGAAAUGUUUUCCUGGCUCCAGCCUGGCUCCCCCUGGCUAACAUCAAACCCACAGCUUCUCAUAUCUGUCUUUCCACUCAUGGAAGGAAGCACCAGGUACAUCUUGUCCUGGGUUGACAGACUAAAUUUAAAAGCCCAAGGCUGUCCCAAAUCCAUUCUGGGCUAUUGUGCUGAGAAUUACCCAUAGAGCCCCAGUCAUCCAGGUGCCUUAACAAGUCUCCUAGUGGGAAUGCAGAGCAAGCAGCCAGACCCCACCAGGUGCCAGCACCGGCCCCACCAGCGCCGGUCACUUCAGUGGUACCAAUUUUCUUGCCACGUACCUGCUGCUGCCUGAAAAGAGCAGCAGGAUCCAUCCAGGGGCUGCCUUUCUGCUGAAGCCUUGUUUGGCUGGCCAUCAUAGUCAAGUCCAAGCUGAUAUUCCCGAGCACAGGUUUGUGGAUGCAGCCUCCAGCAUUCCCGGGUGUGCUGUUUCCUCUCAGCCACCUGAAAGGAAGGGAGAAUGGUUUAUUUUGCUUUUGCUUAUGUUCAAUCCAGGUAGAUUCCCCUGCUGGAGAGUCCUCCCCCUUUGCCCUCAGGCACUACCAGUACCCCUAGAUCACAGGCUAUUUCUCAGAGCUGUUUUAUCAACAUUAAAAGUCAUGAAAAAUCAAUAGAAAAUUUUCUCUCGGAGAUGACUGGUUUGUAGGAAACGCUUCUGAUUUAUUUUCCUCCACAUUCCCCACAUGGCAUCAUUCCUAAAUGGGCUCUAAUAUCAAUAUCAAUGUUAGUAGGAUCCAUUGAUCAAGCUGUGAAUCAAAGCUCACUGCUGUGGUGGAUAUACAGAUGUUAAUGACAGUUGCGUUAAGCCAAAUUUAGCAGCUGGAUUCUUCACCAUCCCUUUGUUUUGUAUCUACCUCACUAUGAUUUCUUUGAUUUCUUGUGAUUUAGUGUUGUAUACAAUGUCAGAGGUGAUAUGUAGAUAAAAAUAUAUAUAUAUAUAUACAAAUAUAUAUUUUUUGCUUUGCAAUAAAGCUCAAAGCUAUAACACGAAUAUUCAUAAAAUGUCAUAAUCUUUAUUGUAAUGUUUCCUUCUUAGUUGUAAAAUCCUGUCUGGAUCCUAUUUUCCUGUACACUGGAAUCGAUAUUGUGUUCAUGAGUGAAUGGUUAUUAUUUCUGUUCCUUUUCCAUUGAAGUGAUCUUUUUGAGAUGUGAGAUAGACACCAGAAUUGUCAAACAUAAAUUUACUUUUUUUUCUUUUCCCCAAAUACAGACUGUUUGUAACUGGAAUCAAACAGCAAAAUUGAAAGAAAAUUAUUUGCAGUCCUGAUCUUUCAAUUUUGGUUUGUCUGAUCUCAACACUGAAUUUGGCAGGAGGCAGAGAGAGCAGACAAAGAGGGGCUUUUAGGACAGAUGGAAGAAAAAUAUGCUCAUCUCUUUCCAUUUGGGUGAAGAGGGGGUCCAUUAUAUGAAAUUAUUGGAAUGUGGCACUUCCCUGAGACUUGUCCAUCUAAUGGCAGCCACUGACCCAGAGUCACUAAUCCAGGUCCUUUCUGUGGGAAUGGAGAGAGACAAAGAGUUCCCCAGGACAAUUCAGCACUUGGCUAAGGCAUGUGGGAUGCACCUCCUUCAGUAUGGCUGGAAUUGAGGAUUUGAGGCUCACCUUGGAUAUCUCACCUUGAUGGACCAAAGCCAAAUCCCCAUGGUCAGAGCACAAACACCCUGGCAAGUGAAAAACACUCAUUUUUUGGUCACAUGCAUAAUUCUGAGCCAUACAGUUCUUCAUGCUCCAGUAAUGGAAGCACAAGGGAGCCCAAGGGAAGCCCAAGGAAUGUGGGAGCUCCUGGCAAAGUGAGGAAGACUUUUCCCUGGGCUUAUCUGGUGGAAAAUGUCCUUGGACCCUGGAGCCAGGAACACCACAAUGACCAAUACCUGGCACUGAAAUUCUGUCUGAGUCCUGCAGUGUGGGGAGGAGCAUUGGAGAGGGAUGUUGAGGUGGAUGGGACCUCUCAAUUGUUUAUUCCCAGGAAAGCCUUUCUAGGAGCCUCACAGGUUGAUCCUCCUGCCAGAAAUGUGAGGAUACAAAGCCCAUGUCUAUCCAGAGCAAUCCUUUUCAAUUCCCCCACCGCUCCCAUAUGCUGGAAUUAGAAAAUAAAAAAGCACCAAGCCCCAAAUACUGGGAUUCCUGGGAUUCUUAGCUUGGUUAGGAAAUAUUUACAGGUAACUUCCUUUACUGGGAGUAAAAUGAGGGGAAUCCUCUCUAUAUCCUUUCCACCAGACUGUGGGGAAAGUAACAUUUUCCCCCACUGCUGUGUCAAAGAGAACAAAAAAUUAGUGACCAGAAAGAAUUGGACACAAAUGGAAUAUGACAUAUUUUUUGAAGAGCAAGGAGAAUAAUUAUUACUGAACAUAAAUCCAGCUGUUCCAUUAGGAAACAAAAUAUUUUCAAAAUAAUAAAAUGUAGAAAGGAAAAAGAAGUAAAGAAAGAAGCAGGAAAUGAAACCCAAAGAUGAAUAAAUCUCUGUGGAGAAAAUGCUGUUGGGUUUCACUUAAAGCACAAGACAGGACUGCAAAGCACAGAUUUAGACUGGGUUUCACAAGAUCCCUUCUGUGUAGUCUUCUCUCUAAAACUGGCACAAUUGUUCAGUACAAACAGCAUUUUUUUUCCUCAUUCUGAUCUGGUGUCUGUACAAAUCUGGCUUGUUCUUUGGUUUGGUUUGAUUAUUUUUGUUGCCUGUUCCCACCUAUUUCUAUUUUUAUGGUGUAGUAUUUUGUCUAUCUGGAAUGAAAUACAGAUGUGUUCAUGAAGUUGUAUAGCAGAUGGAAUUACAGGUUGGAGUUGAAUUGGAAAAAGAAAUAAUCUAACAAUGAGAAAAAUAUCUAUAUGAAAAGUAUGCUUCCAAUGUGUGUGUUUGAAUUUGGGCAUUUUGUCAUUCUACUGAGAUUUUUGAAAGGUUUAUUUUGAGAUAAUGAGACUUUCUGAAGUUUGAGAGGAGCUUGAGAUACCAAAAAGCACAAUUUAUUGUUAAACUGCUAUAAUUUGAUUGAGGGUCCAUUAUGGUAGUUCAAUCUUUGCCUAUUAUAAUCCCCAAAUUUUGACAUGAAAUACGCAAUCCUUUCAAUCUGUUCAUUAAUCAUUGUGCAUUAGGCAGAAGGGAGAGAUGCAGCUGUUUAAUUUCUGCUCAGAAAUCACAUGGAAUUCCUGGCCUUAUUUGUUUUUUAUUUGCUUCAGAAAUAGGGUUGGAUUUUGUACUUUGUGGUUAUUGCCUUCAAUCCCUGCUGUGAAGUCAAAAAAAGUCCCUUUUUAAUUGAGUGGCAAAGAGUCUGUCCAGUAAAUGGAAGAGAGAGCCUUGCUUUUCUCUCAUCUGCAGUGAAAUGUGCUCUGGGAAGGACCAGGUCAUGGAAUCACUUGUGGAUCUGAUUGGUGUUAAUCUAAUUAAUGUUAACGAGGUUCCUGGUGGAUCCUCUCUGCCCUCCAGAGCUGCAGGUGCUGGAUGAACUUCAUGUCUGAAGCAGCAUUGACAAUGUCCUCAGAUGUUCAGAGGGCUGGUGGUGGUUUGAUGAACUCUUCAGCAUUCCUUCUCCUUCAUGUCCUUGAAGGGAGCUCAGGUUUUCUUCCCUUAUUUCCACAAUUAUUUCCACUGGUGCUAAUGGGAUGCCUUUGUUUGGUCCUGGAAGCAUUUCCUUGUCCCAGUUGGUUAGUUUGUUACUGUGGUCAUAUUGCAAUGAUUUCCUAAUGCCAACUCUGAGGUUUUAGGUCCUUCUGGAGCAUCAGUUUUGCUUUUUUGAGAAUCUUCCUGUGUCUCUUCCAUCCAUGUGGAGAGCUUCAUGCUCACUGCUGGGCUAACUGCUCCUUUCCAUGUUUCAGGACUGUUAAUUUCUAUAAAGACCUAUUUUGUUUUGGAAGCUGGUGCCUGAGCAAAAUUUUCCUCUUAUUCCAACUUGCUAAAUGUGGGAAAGCUUUACGAACUUCCAUAGAGCUGACCCAGCUUUAAUCCUGGCCUAAAGCAGAGCCCUCCAUCAGUGAACAGACUGCUGUUUGAGCAGGAAUUGCCUCUGUGUUGCCUGCUGCAUGACAGAUGGGAUAGAGCAAGCGGAUAUAACAGCACUGGGAAUGUCUUCUGCUGUCUCACCUACUAAAGAGAAGGUUUGGGUUAAAUGUUGAACAGGUUCUGACCGUGGAGCUUUUACAGAAAUCAAGACUCAUUUGAUUUGGAUCAAGGUUCUUCCUGAGAUCCUUUAGGCAGCAGAGCAGUGAGAGAGGCUGCAGGACUCAGUUUUAUCUUCUCUCUGUUACUCCUGAGGUUUGGAGGCACAAGGGCCUGCACAGAGUCAGAUUUGGCUCACUCCUCAGCUCAAGUCAAGAAAAAGAGUUUUGUCCAAGGCAUGAGGGUGAAACCAUGGUUUGAGGGUUGGGCAUCAGGACAUGCCCAGGCUCUCAUGAGGAAGGACAGAUCAGUGCACCAUCAGAAGAUUCUACAAAAGAUACCAGAGCUUAAAAUAUAUGGAAGAAAUGCUGCAAUUUUAGCCCACUGAAAUUCUCCUCUGAAAUACGGACUCAGCAAUGGAGGCUGAGGACAAAAUGCCUGAUGGGGCAACUGUGAAUUGUGUUUGUUCUCCUGUCAGGAAAAGCUAACUGUUCAAACAAGUGGUGGAUCACCUUGAUGCUGAGGAGAACUAGCCUGCACUCACCAAAGCAGUCACGCCAUCAACACACAGUCCUGCCUGGAGUGUGCAUGCCAGGAGGAGGUGUAAGGCUGGUAGAAGCUGAAAGGAUGAUCUUCCUCCUCUUCCUCAGGGGGCCUGCCCCAUCUCCGAGGCUGGCUCCAGUCUCGAGUUUGCACCCUGAGUUACUUUUGCGAGGUGUUAAUGGCAUUGGCUGUGAGGACACUCAGCUCUCCGGUGCCAGUCCCUCUUUGGAUCAUUAGCUCAGCCCCGAUGACAUCACUUGGCAGGGAGUUUGGUACAGCUCUUCCUGAGCACCAGAUGAGAGCUUCACUGCCCAGCCAAGUUCAGUCUUCAAGAUGAGCAACCAAACUCCUUCUCUGGUGGAAUAGCUUGGGGUCUCUUCAUCAUCAUCCCUGAGAUGCAGGAUGAGGGACUGAGUAAUAUUUUGGAUGUGCUUUAAAGUGGCAAAAACUCUAAACUUAUUAAGACACACAGAUUAUUCUCCCAUUCCUGUUGCAUUCCUUGUCUCCACUCACAUUAAUGAAUUACACAGAGCAGGAUCUGGCACUCAGUUGUCAAAAUUUUUCAGUUCUUGGCACAGUUUUGGCUGUACUCAGUGAAUAUUGACCCAGAGAUUCCCCCAUGUGAGGAUUUAGCAGCAGGCCUGGAGAAAACUUUGGUUGUGGGCACCCUUUUGUGGAGGCUCAGGGACACUGUCACAGGGAGAAAGAACCACCAUCACAGUUGGUUUUUAUUUAUUAUGGAUAAAGUCACCACAAAACAUAUCAGCUUUUGGUUCAAUGUCAUGACAAGCAACAGUGCAAAGUCAAGAGGAGGUGAUAUCAGACUGAACCUCAAAACAAGUUCCUGCUUCAUAAGAGAGAGCAAAGGUUUGGGGGAGAGGUCAUAUCUUUUACAAGAAAUAUAUAUUUUAUUAUUAAAAUACCUCCCCCUUCAAACCAUGCCUCUUGUAUCACCUCAGACUAUGUCAGAUCCCAAAACGUGACUGGAAAGUGCUCAGAAAUGUCUAAAAAUGGAUUGUAUCCCAGUGUUGUCAUUCUAUUGUUAACAAACUUUUGUGGCCCAUUUCAUCCCUCUGACUUGCACCCUGUUCUUAUCCCACACCAAAGCAAGAGGCUUCAAUUUUGCAAGGUGCCAAAGGUUUCUUAUUAAGUCCCAAAAUACCAUCCCUGUUUUCCGUGGGAGCUGAGGGGAUCAGAACGUUCCAAGAAGAGCCCAGAAUUUUUUUGGUCCAUGCCUUCUUUUUGUUAUGCUGCCAGCAGAGCCUCAAGGACAGCAUAUGGCCUUGUUACAUGUGCUUUUUUUAAAAAAUAACGACUCCACAGUGCUGCCUGAGUUUUAAUAGUGCUGUGUUUAUGUCCAUUUCGCUUCAAUAAGUGGGAUAUUUCUGCAGAAUUCAGCACCUUCAGAGUUGGCUGCAUUUUCCUGCAAUAAUUCCUUAUUUUUCAGGCUAGGGAGAGUUUUUCUGGCUAUUUUUUCUGGCUUUCCCACAGUCCAAAACUGACUCAAAACGUAAUUCUUUGUUUUCUUCCCCAAAUCUGAUGGGGUAUCUGAUUCCCCAGCUCUGAUGCUCACUCUAAGAACUCAGCCUUGGGCUUUCUUAAAACUCACAGCCAAGAGCACUGAAAGAAUUUGCAUCAAGUGAGGCCUGGGGAGGUGUUUGCAACUUCAGAUUGGGUUAAAAGCCCACAGAUUUGGUAAACCAGAAGUGAUCUCUGGAUCACUUCUAUGCUGGCUCCAUCAGCUCCUGUGCUCAGUGCAUCAGAUGCUUUUGCAGUAUUAGAGUUUUUUUCUAUAAAAAUGCCCCAUUUUAUCAGAAAAAAUAAUAUAUAUUUGCAUCUUCUUAUGACAAGAGCAACCUCCAUCCACAUCAGCCAAAUUUUGGUAAUUCAAACAGCAGAGAUCACCUGCAACCCUUUAUUUGAGCACCUCAAUUCCUUUCUCAGGAAAAGAAGAACCUGGUUUGCAUGAAGCAAAAACAGUUGUAAUCAAUCUGGUAUUAAAAACUAUACCAGGUAUUUAAAGAAAUUAUUCUGUGCUUAUUUCUCAUUUGGUAUAGUCUGGAAAUAUUUAAGCAAUGGUUGAAAUCUGGUUGUUUUCACAUCCCAUGGCUACAUUUAUAAUUUAUUUAGCUACUUAAGGAGUUCUAGAAGAUAAAUCCCUUAAACCUGCAGGCUUUAGCAGCCAGAUGUCCUUCCCCAGGUGUGUCCAGGUCUGGUUAUCAUGGUAGGAUUUUGUUGGGAUCAUUAUAGAAACCUGUGAGAAUACCCAGCUGGUUUUGUCCUUUGAAAAUUUCUCUUCACAGCAACAGAAGUUUCUAGCACAUGGUUUGUUUUCUCUUCUUUAUUAAGGUAUCUUUCAUCUACAUUUCCAUGACCAUUUGUCACCCCUGUACACCUUAGAUGGGUGUGUGAGGCAAGAUAAUAAUACCCUGUCAUUCUUCCAGGGCAAUUUUAUUUCUUCCUCUUGUUCUUUAUCCAGAAAAGAUCCCCCACAGAGCUGCAAUAGGAAUCUUUCAAGUUUUAAGGUUUCUGACUGUCCCCCUAGAAAUAGGAUUGGUCCUUGAGAUUUGUGUUUGCUCCAUGACAUCCUGGAUGCUUUGGGAGGCAAAAAAAAAAAAAAAAAAAAAAAGAAAAGGAAAAAAAAAGAUGUGAAAAUGAAUAACUUUGCAAUGAAGGUGAAAUUUGACUCACCCAAUUUUAGACAUUUACAGCAUGCUUGUCCCACUUGUGUAGAUUAAUGAAUGGAUGCCACAUUUAGGAAGGAAUGUGCCUUUCUUGGAUGCAAUUCCUGUCAUUGUAAAGCAGCUGCCUGCACUCUGUCAGGUGAAUCAUGACCUAGAAAUGUCUGCAUCUGUCUUGACUUCAGAAGGAGUCCGAGAUACCAACUCAAACACAGGCAUCGAUCUCUGUUUGUUCAGAUAAUGAGGCUCCCAGUGUCCCAAGAUCAAAUCAAUUUUUAAAGGGUGCCCUGCAGACUGCUCACCUGUCAAGGUGAUCUCCCAUUUCUUCCAAUCUUUAUGGGAGGAAAAGAACUUCUCACUUUUAACACUGUGACUCAAGUUGAUAAUAUUUAGAAGUUUGAUUUCUGUAAAAGAUCUUGUUGAAACCUUACUGGCCACUUAACAUCAUAUUUAUAGAGCAGCACUUCCAAACAAUCACAUUUUCAUCCCAAACAACCUCAUUUUCAUCUUCUUCCCCAGCUCAGGGUAUCAGUAGAGAAGUAUCACCUGCUGAAAAUCUCAGGCUGCUUUCAGUCUUGGUCUUCUGUCCAGAUUUGGCCACAGCCAAUUUUGCUCAUUUUUGGAAUUCAGACAAAUUUGAACAAGAUCAGCUUACCAAGCCAGUCCAAAAGGACACUGCAAGGUCCUGCAGCUCCUCUUCUAGAUUUUUAUUGCAACAUGUAAAAACAAUUCAGAGACUUCAACUAUCAUGUAUGAUACCUUGUUUUUGAAGAAGGAAUCCUUCUGUGUACCCACAUCUCUAGCAGAAAGCUGACAUCUUUUCUCUGUCAGAACAUGUGGCAUCAUUUGUUUUCACCUUCCAAGGAGAUUUUAGAGGACUAAUGUCAAUGAGGCAGUGCUGAGACAUUCUCUGUGCUCCAAAAAGCACAGGUCCUGCUGAUUUCUUUGUGAACAUCUCUCUGGAAUCUGGACUCUGUGGGAUGCUCCAGCAAUCCUUGCCUGACUCAAAGAACAAGAGGUGUUCAGUUCCCAAAGCCACUGGCCAGGGCUGCACAUGGGAGACCCAAGUGGGAAAACAAUUACAGGUGCAGUGGGAUGAGAGGAACUGUGCUGACAGCACUGGGGAAAAGCAGCUGUGUUGCCUUGGCACGAAAUGAAGGACCAAAAUUUGAAGAUGGCUGUUGCUCCAGUGUGGAUUAAUGAAUUCAGGAUGGAAUAAGCCAGCAUGGAAAUGUGUCGGUACUUUAAAAAAUCCAAACCUCCGCAAACCUUUAAGACUGAAUAUUGCUGGUAAAAUUCACUUUAUCUGACUUAGAUAACUAAAAGUUAACUCCCCAAACUCAAACUAGUGCUGCUCAACUUUGUCUUUGAUCCUUGGAGAGGAGAAUUCACCCCUCCUAGCAGAGAUAUCUAAAGCAGGAGAGAUCAAUCAAGCUCUGGAAAUGCCAAUUUCCUUCCACUGACUACAGAAGGAGACAGGGGUGAUCCUCUAACACAAUGUAGAGAUCACAGGCCAUUUUCACUACUCAUGCAGCAAAUUCCUUUGUGUAGGAAUGAGGCAACAUUCCUGCUGUCCUUCUUCCAUCUGCAAUUCAUCAGAGAAGUUCAGACAUUAACACCAAGGGGCAAAAUCAUGGUAAUAAGUAAAGAUCUUCAUUGUUUCCUGGAAUAAUCAAAGCUUACCCCUCUCAAAAAGCCUCACAGUCUCAGAUCCCAAACCUUGACAUAGUUUGAUAGAAGCAACUUGGCUUAACUGAUUUCCACCACUUCUUUUCCAGCUUGAAAACUUGUGCUUUAAUUGUCCAAGUAUUUUCUGGGCAGGCCAUAAAGUUUUCAUGGAAUUCCUAACUUUUCAGCCUUUUGUAGUUUGGCUUGUGCUUCACUGCCUUGUUGCUCAGAGUUUGGGAGGAGCAGUGCUUUUCCUUUAACAAGGUGGCAGGGUUUUUUUGUUGAAUUAGUCUGUUAAAGGGAUUUUUGUUUUUGAAAAGUGAUCAUAAAGAAAUCCUUCUUGCUGUGGGGCACCACACAACACACAGGCCUCCAUGCUUGGAUUCUUGGCUUACCACAGGCCUCCAUGCUUGGAUUGCUCUUCCACUGGCCCAUCAAGCUUCCAGAGGAAUGCCUUGUUAAUUAAACACUAGGGUAGAGGAGCACUGUGAUGAGAACUUUCCUAUUUAAAGAGAUUAAUUCUUCCUGACCAGGAUUUUUUCAUGCUUUUUAAUUUCCAUGAGCUGUACUGCUACGAGCUCCCUCAGUGCGGGGUAGAUCCCACCAGCAGAGCCAGGCUCUCCCCAAAAAGCAUGUAGUGUUUAAGAACUGGGAAACCCAGAUGCAGGUUUGCCAUGGGGAAAAGCUCCUCAGGUGCAAGUGUGCUGUGGGAAAGGAGGAAUUCCUACAUGGACAGAAUUGCCAAGGAGGAGCUGAGGGGUAGUGGUAGAGCUGACUGCAGAAAUCUGCUGGGAGGAUGUAGUGUCAGAACUAAAACAUGAUGACUGACACAACCAAGGGCAUCCCACUCUUGUGUUGAACUCCUGCUGCUUCUAAAAGUCCCUCAAAUGUCCAGAAUAAAAUCUAAAGGGAGGCAGAGAUGGAAGAACUUUGAUAAAAUAUUUGUCCUUAUCUCCUGUGAGCUCACAAUGUUCAUCAAACCUCCUCCAGCCUCUGGCUGGGACUGCAUUUUGUUAAGGAUUGCAGAUGGAAUUUUCGAAAUACGUUUGUUUUUUUUUGUAUAAGACAUUCCCUUUAAUGAAUGUCUGCAGCCUUUCCCACCUGAGUACUGCACAUUUACUUAGCUACCCAUUUGGAGUGGGGAGAGAAGUCAAAACAGGAAUUAAUCCCACUUAACUUUCUCUCCCUUAAAGAGUCUGGUCUGAGUUCUUUGCAUCUGCUUCCUCUACCAUCAGUGGAAGGAGAUGUGCAGCUUUGGAGAGGAAUUCCGCAUUACUUUUCUGGGUCUUUCAAUAACUGGAACUCAGAUGAAAAACAUAUUAUUUACCUGAGUAAAGGCAACUUGAGGAGGUAGAAAUUGUAAAAUCAUGCAAUAAAUAAUUUCCUGAAGAGGGACAGGAACAUUUCUGUUGGAAGCCUGUGUUUUUGGUGGUUAUGAAGUCAGCUGGAUCCUUUAUCUUGGAGCUGGGAUUUAAAGUGCAGCAUCAGAUUUUCCUGGCUAUUUUCUGAUUACUAUUUUCUUGCUUUCAGACAAGUCAUGUUGGUUGUGAAGUAAAAUCAAUGUGUUUGACUAAAUUAGCGGGUUACCAUGAUGCUUCAGGCACAGGGUGGGAUUGUUGGAACUGACCUGUGCAGGGCCAGGAGGUGGACUUUCAUGAUCCUUGUGGGUCCCUCCGAACUCAGGAUAUUCUGUGAUUCUGAUUCUAAAGCUUCUUUAACUCAGAAAAGUCAAAGCUGGGUGCAGUGAGACCGGAGUGGAUGUGGCAGUUGAGGAUAAGGUUUAAUGGUGAACAUGGUUCUGGGUUGAUGGUUGGACGUAAUGAUUGUAGAGGUCUUUUCCAACCAGUUUCCAAGGAUUAUUGCAGGGCUGCAGUCAUUUGCAUCUCAUCCUGGUCAUUACCAAAAUGAGCCCCUUCCAAAUAAACCUGGGGCCUGGAGUCACAGACCCUCUGUGGAUGAUCCUUCUUUUUGAGAACUCAUCCACCCAAAAAAUAGAUUGUUGAUAAUGUUAAAUGCACAAACUCAAAUCCCAGCUGUGGGAAGCUGAACACCACUUUGCCUGGCCAAAAAAAACAAGCUGGUGGGUGAGCAAGCAGCAGCAGUUUGGACAGCACAGACUCAUCCAGGAGCUGGGGUGGCAGAAAGCCGUGACUCAAACACACACUCGCGUCCCUCAUUGAAUGGUUUUUACAUUUCUUUAAAUGUCGGGGUUUCAACCAAGUUUUCAUGCUUUUUAUUAAGGCAAAAGUCCGUGCUUGUGAAAUUGUGAACUUGAUGUGUUAUUUUGUAUCUGUUUAAAAAAAAAAAGAAAAAUGUAUUUAAAGCUAAAGAGCCGUUAUUGUGCGGGGUUUUCUCUCAAACUGGUGCAUACACUUUACAUCAGGGACCUACUAUACAUAACAAAAAUCAGUGCUACAGUUACUGUAAAACCAGAUACACACCUUUUACUGUAAUAAUAACUUUUAAAACCUUGCACUGUAAUGGUUGCUAUUAAAAAAAAAAAAACUACAAAAAAAUCCUCUUGUCAGAACUGAUUUUGUAUCUUUGAUUAUAUCUGAAAUUUUAGCAUUUUUGUAUACUUGCCAUGUCAGCCACAGCAUCCUCCAUGGUUGAUUUCCAGGUUCCGUUUCCUUUCCUUCUAAUCCAACACAUGCAUUGCUCCGUGUGGAUGGGCAGGGUAUGGCCGUGGGGGAGCCUUGUAGAUCCCCGCCCCGCUCUUGUUCAGAGCAGAGUAGAAGGAAAAGCAAAGCCCCCAAACCAUUGGGAUGGUUUCAGAUCCCGUUCCGAGUUCCAGCUGCCCCAACAGAACCCAGCGAGCGAUUCCCGAGUCAUUCCUUUAUCCUGGCGUUGCUCCGGCCGCCGUGGCCGUCCAGCUCCAUCCCACGGCAAUGCAUCGCGAGUAGGUAGGAAAUCCAAACCAACGAGAUAACUUUGCAAUCACUGAGUUUAUUGAUUGAUUUUUUUUUUUUUUUAACCUUCCCCUUUUGAACAUUUUUUCGAACUAAGAUGUAUUUGGAAUCACAGCAUGGUGUUGCAAUUCUUUCUAUUUUUAAAUACUGAUACAUUCUGUGUGUAAAGUCUUGUUUCUUAGCUAAGAGAAUCUUAAAAAUGUGGAGAUGAGUUCGAACCAUUUUUUUCCUUGUUGUACUGUGAUUUGGGAAUUAUUUUGAUAUAAUCCUUUAAUUUGGUAGAAGAUUUCCCACGCCUUCUCCCUCCUUCCUAUCACCAUUUCAUAUUUUUUACAAAACUGAAAAAAACAAACAAACAAAGGAACAAAUAAUCUUUUUUUCUCUAUUUAGGCUGUGUAAUGUUGUGUUGUCCAGAUUCUGUAUAAAAAUAUGUAUAUGAUGUAUCUGAUAUUUGGCAGUGAACGGCUGCAACUUUAACCAAUAUAAUUAACAAAGAAAUGCAUAAUGUUGGUGUUUUAAAAAGUAAAAAAUACAAAAAAAACCUAGUUAAGAUGUUUGUGUAAACUUGCAUGGUUUAAAAUGUACUUAGUGCAUUGAGAAAUGUUGUUAGGGUCCUAAGUGAAAGGCUGGUUUACUUUUUGAUUCUAAUGGUGAUUGGUUUGUUGAUCAGAAUAUCCCCUAUACUGUAUGUCUUAGUUUAUUUAGCAUAUUGGUUUCUUUUCUUUCCUCCAGACCUAGCAUAGUGUAUCUAUUUCUGUGUGAUAAUGUUCCUUAAAACCAGGUUGUGGAAACUGCGUUUCGUCCGGCCAAAACGAUGUUUCGCAUCACGCUCGUGGUUCAGUUGCGUUCCAUUUGAUUUGCUGUGAAGUCCAGGUUUGACUUUCCCUUGGGAUCUGACGGCAGGGAGAUGCUCCAGGCCGGGCUGCGCGUGCCACUGGGACCAGCAGGAUCCGAGGGUGUGGCUCCAGUGGGACACCAGCGCCAGGCCCGGCGGUCUCUGACCACGGAGGGGUUCGAGGGCAGAAUUUGGUCCAUUCUUAACCAACAAAGGCUGGGUUUUUCCUCUCGGCAGCACAUGUUUUAUCAGGAUCACAGCAGGCACGCCCUGGGGUUUCUCCCAGCCCUUUAGUGGAUGAAUUUGGCUUUUGUGGCAGCUGUUCCACACUGCUGAAAUCACAGGGCACCGGCAGCAGCAGAGUGUGGACAACCAGCCCUUGCCACCAUGAGAAACACAACGAGCUUUCGGCACUCGCAAUAAGCUCCAUGUUCCCUUCCAGAAGCACAAAUUCCAUGUUCCAGAGGAGCUGACUCUGCAUCCUGCAGAGCUGAUGGACAACGUGACAGUUAGGACCAAACGUCCAAGAAGCGACCACGUGGGCAAAGGUCAUGGUUCAUUUUCACAUCUCCUGCACCCACCACUCCUCUUCCCAGUUCUCUCCAAGCUUUGCUACUGCUGAUCCAUCAGAAUGGGGACAUUUCCAAGCCUCCAGCAGGAAGCAACAAAAUUUGCUAUUGACCAUUAAUGGCUCAUGUGACUGCCCUCCCUGUGCUGGGCAAUGCCGACGCACAUGUUCUUGUCUCUCAAUGCCUGAAAAAUCUCCGGUGGCCUUUCCCAAAAAUAAGACAGAGCUAGACUUGAAUAUAUAGAGCUAUCCAACUUCUUCAAGUCCUUCAUCCCAGAGGGUCUCCAAGGGCUUUUCCAGCAUAACACGAUCUUACUCGUGCAGCCUGUAAAGUGGCAGAGCACUGUUAGCGUCCUGCAGCCACUCUGGGGUGACCCCACCAGCUCACGGCCACUCUAUGCAACAGUCUGGUGCAAGAGGUGUUGAUCACACCCUUGGAGGGACUUGGCAAAGGUGUAACAUGCACAAAUCCCAGCUAAACCCGUGCUGGGACCCAAGAGGACAGAUUGAUUCAUUUAGUUUUCCUUUUCUGGGCAGUCCCCCUCUUCUUUUCUGUCCUCACACCACAAGCAGUCCAAGUAACCUAAACUUUUCCAGUUUGCUUUCAUCAGCUUUUUCCUUCCUGAAAGCUUUUUAAAUAUUCUUUUCACACAGGAGGAUAGGGAACAAAUCUUUCCUUCUCAGGUCCAGAAAUAGAACAACUCCAUACCGCUUUCUUUGCUUACCUUCCUUCUAGUCAUUGACCAAUUAACUUCCAGUCUUCCCUGAUCUCCACCACAUCUUUUAAACAACAGCUGCACUCUGAUUUUGCUGCUUGAUGUUCUAAUUGGUUUUAAUCCAGACAGAAACAAACAGCCUGACACUAGGCACUGGCAGGAAUCCUUGCUUGGCAUGCAGAUAUAGGCACUGUCCUGUGGCCAAAUCCUACAGCUCGAUGGAUGCCGGCUUCUGGCCUUGCUGCUGACUGCAAAUCCUGUGAUUUGUUGCAGGAUUGGCUGCAUCUCUGAAAAGCUGCUCGUGGUGCUCAUCUCCCCAGCUUGGUAAGCUUUGUUCUUCCUUUGUUCCAGGUCCAGAGUUACUGCAGUCAAACAGUGGAAAUGUCUCAGCACUGGCUCUCUGGAGAAAGGUGGAGAUCCCAAGGUUGAUGUUUCAAGGCGUGGUGCUCAGUGGAUCUUUCUCCCCAAAAGGAAUUCAAUUGAUCCAAGUCUGAGGUCUUUAUAUAGAAAAGCUGGUGCUGGAAUCAAGCUUUGCUUUCAAAGGCUGUGAGCUCAGCUGCUCCAGACCCCUCAGGGCUAUGGAACAUUCUCAGAUGGAGAACAUCAGCACUCAAUCCCUUACAAGAGCUUUUCCCAUCAGUUUUCUUUCUGCAGAGCUGGUCUUCUGUAUCUCCAGCACAUCUGGGAGAUGUGCCCUGCUAGGAAAAAGUUUAUUCCUUGAGAGAUGCCAUCUAGAUUUAUGGACCUGUAGUGUCCCCUUGCCCUUGGCCCAUCUGCUUCUUUGUGGCCCCACAGACAUCAAGAGGAAUUGGAUUUUAGAACAACCUCCUGCAGAGUCAGUCUCCAACAAUCCAUCCUCCUUCCCUGUCCCAAGGCCAGCAUGAAAAUAUUUCCAUUUGAUUAAUUAACCAUAGACCUGAUAUAAAUUACCAGAAUCCCACAGAAAUAUCUCAUGGCACAGUGCUCCACCAGCUGUUCAUCUUCCAGUUGUCCACCAAGCUUUGGUUUGCUCAACAGGAACAUGUUUUGGGAUAAAAUAAAAAUCCUCUAAAAAAACUACAAGCUGGGCACAUGCUUUGCUCACACUCACUAGAAACACAUCAGAAGAAUCUCUCUGUAUAGACAGACUUUCCCCUUCCUGCUCUCAGAAGAACAAAUGCCAUGACCAGCUCUAAUUUCCAUCCUUGAAACCAAAUUAAAACAAAACAAAACAAAACAACCAAAAAAACCCAACAAAAACCCUCAAGAUCUAAACCCUGAAAAUAUUCCGCAAAGUCAAGGUGAGGUGGGGAUUUUGCAGGCCAUGGCUGUGGAUUUAUGCAGGACUUUCCAUGACUGUUUUAUUUCCAACGCAAUAAAGAAUAACCAACUUAUUGUAGCAAACCUUGUGCCAGGUGCUAUCUCCCAAAACCUUCUGCAUGGGACAGUCUCCCUGUUCUUUCUCUGCCUCACAGCACUUUGCAGAAUGUUGGAAGGGAAAACACCCCCUUUGCAGAUUGUAAAUAGGGAAAACUAUGGUUUUUUCUUUCUUUUUCUUUCUCUUUUUUCUUCAUUUUCCUUAUCUUAAUUAUUCUUUCUUUCUUUCUUUCUUUCUUUCUUUCUUUCUUUCUUUCUUUCUUUCUUUCUUUCUUUCUUUCUUUCUUUCUUUCUUUCUUUCUUUCUUUCUUUUCUUUCUCUCUCUCUCUUUUUUCUCUUUCUUUCCCCUUUCUUUUUUGUCAUUCUCUUCCUCUGUUUCUCUCUCCUUGAUCUCUAUUUUUUCUAUUUCUCUCUUCUUCUUUCUUUUAUUUUUCUUUCUCUUUCUUUUUUUAAAAAAUUAUCUUACUCAGUGUUGCUGUCUCAACCUCUUUCUUUGCCUUUCUUUCCUUCCUCCUCUCUCUUGUGAGAUGAGGAGCUUCCACUGGCAGCCACUGGAGUCUGUGAAAGCAAAUCCCUUUGCUCUUUCCGUCAUAGCUCCAAAGCUCACUUGAGGGUGUGUUUGUGAAGACCUCACAGAUGUCCCUUUGGAGCAUCUUUGGAAGUGCUUUUCUUCAUGUCCCUGCUCCAUACCUGACUUCCCAAAUCAUCUGACUUCUCUCUUUCACUGGUCUUAUGUCCAGUGUACUUUUCUGACCUUUAACAAGAUGAAAACUGGACUUCAAACAGGAAAAAGAACAUUGUCCCAAGAGUUUGGUGUCCCUCCCACCUUUCAGCAGACAGACACGUCUCUUCUUCUCCCUGGAGCAGCAGGCUGGUACCCAAGAUCCCUGGAGCCUUGCUGUAGUUUUUCCUCACAUUUCUCCCUUCUCCUUCUCUGUGUGACUCCAUCUGCCCACCCAAGGUUCAAUAUCUACCUCACAGGGCUGCUGUGAGACCCUUGUCUGGGAGGUGGGGUAGGAACACUCACCAUUCAUGGAUCAGCUCAUCAGCAUUCCCAAACUCUGUCUUGACACAUCCAUGUUGGCAAAAACCAACUAGAAUGAGUUCUAUUCAUUCCUUUAAUCUGAUGCCAAAAUUUGGGGCUUUUGUAUUGACAUCCCACAGGCAAGUCUGGCUGUGAGAUGUGGAGGAGAUCAGAUAUAGGAAUUCCUGCUCUUAUUCCUGGAAUACAUGAAAUUUCCAACACAACCACAGACAAAGGGGUUUAGUGCCACACUCACUCCCAAGCCACCACCAACAACCUAAUUAUCUUUUCCACCACAAAUUCAGCCUUUGGACUGCAAAACUCACUAAAGAAUGGUGCAAGUGCACAUUUUGUCUGUAUAAAUGAUACCAGUGCUUUCUGUGCCACAGUCCAGGCUGUCCUACAGCACUGCAGGAGCAGCUCAGGAAACGUUUGCUGGUUGCUGUUUGAGAGGAUGUGCAGGGAAAAGUAAUUUUUAAAUAAUUUCUGAGCUUUGACAGUAGUUUAGCACCCUCAGCCAGCCUCUCCUUGACUGUACACACUCCAGUCAAUGGAUUUGGGCUCCAGCAGACAAGAUUUAGGACAUGAAUCCCAGCAACUGUUACUGGAGAGGAAAACUUUGUCACCAUCUUAGCCUACCCCAUAGUCAGCAAAAAAUACUAUUUUAUCCCAAGUUUGAUCUUAAUCAGAAUGAAUGGUUAGCAGGGUGAAAAUCAUUCUUUUCAAGUGCAGGAACUUCUGCUUGGAAUUUCUGCUAGUUUCUUCAAGAGCUCCACUGAGGUGGACUUUUGAAAGCUCUAAGAAAAUUGGAUUAGGGAACAAAAUGGUAAAAAAUAAAAGAAAGAAGAGCAAAAUGCCUGCUCAGGGGUAGAAAAGGAGCCCACAAAAGACCCUCUUGUGAACCAUGUGAACUUGAUUCAGGGAAAACAGUAGGACAAAUUGCCACCUUCCAGCCCCACUGGCAUAUGGAAAUUCUUGGAGCAGCUUUGAGUGGGUCCCUCCCAUUGGAAAGCAGCACUCAGAGAACUUCUGCUUUGUUUGUCUUUGAAAACCAAGUCACAAAUUCAAAAUUAGAAUUGUGAGAGAGCUUUAGAUAAGGUGAAUCAAGUCUUCUGCACAGGGGAGUGGGACAGGAAAGAACUGUUCCAUCCCUUAAGAAUUUCUGUGAAUUUAUUUUUCCAACCCACAUGGAAACUCAGGGCUAACAGCAAACAUGAAAUAAAAACAUGCAAAAUAAUGCAUAUGCCAACAAAAACAGUUUGGCUGUCAUGGAGGGAGAUUGUUUUGAUCUUUCCCUGUUUACAUCCUUUUUUUUUAAUUUAAUAUAUAAAUUAUCCUGCAUUUUGAAACAAAAGCUUUUCUGAAAUGAAAACAAACUGAAGGAAAAUGUCAAAGAAGACAUCCAAGAGCUUCAAAUCACGUCAUUUGUUUCCCAACGGAUGUGAUAUUUUCCAACAGGAAAAGGCCUGAAGUUGGCAUUUCCCAAGAAGUUUUAACUGUGACGCACUGGCUUUUUGUGGAGGAAGAGAAAACAAUUUUCCUUCCCAAAUCUUGACUUUACAGGGUUCUUUUUACAACGGGAUUCCCUUUGAUAUGGGAGCUUGCAGCAACAUUCAGCUGGUGCCACUAGAUUCUUCCUCACAGGAUGGGAACAGCCAAGUUUCCAAGAGGAUCUAAUCCCCAUCAGACAGUGGAGCACCAAGAACAGCACAGGCAGCACCUUCUUAAGUCCUGCCUGCCCUUCAGCCCAGCCAGGAUGGGGCUGUCCCUCCUUUCUGAGGUGGCAAAAUUGCCUUCAAACCAAGCAAACAAAGAAAAUCCACCCUCUGCUUUGUGUGGUUUCACUGGCUGGCAGCCAAACAGCCCAAGCCUUGAGAAGGUUCAUCCAGAGGUUGGCAGGAAGAUUCUCUUUAACUCCAUUUUAACAUAACCACAUUUCUUUUCCUCUUUUGAGUGAAACUUGAAGAGCUCCUGGAAUGCCAAAAUUGGGAAGAAGUCACCAUUAUCCAUCAGGGAAGCCCAUUCUCCCACACCCAGCCCCCAGCAGGACCCUGCCCAUUGCCCAGAAUGAUAAGCACAUGGUAGAGGUUAGAGGGACCAUGACAGCCCCUGGCUGCAGUGACAAAGACAAAAAGCACACUUGAGAUUAAAGCACACCUCCAAGCCUGCUCCACGAUCCUGAUAAAACCCGCUGCCCAGGAGGGAAUUCCCCACUGCCUCUCCUCCAAGGUCCCAAGCCCACACUCACACUUCCCCCUCUGCCCCUCUCGCUCUGUGGUUUCUCAUCUCGACGUCACCCCCCUCUCCCAGGCCAGGCUUACUCCAGGAUAUUCCACCCAGCUCAGCUCUUGCUUCACCACCAGCGAGGAAGGAGUCUGCAGAAGGUUCCUGUGUGCCAAGGGGGGAUUUUCCUGGGAUCAUGAAGACCCCUGGGAGCUGCAGGGGAGCCCAAAAUGGUGUCAUCAGGGCUGAUCUCCAAGCCUGCGUUCCCCUUUGGAGAAGAAGCUGUUUUGUUAGACCUGGCCUGGAGCUUUGCAUCAGAUCUGGGCUUGUGCACUUGCCUCUUCCUUGUCCCAUUUGUAGGCUUUGGUUUCUGAGCCGUUUUCCUUUUUUGCACUGUCAGGAAUUUCUUUACCAGUGUUUAAUUGUUGUCAGCUGCAAAAUGUUUGUUAAGCCUCUCCACCAAGCUCUUUAAGUGAACGUCAGUGGCUGUCUUCCCUUGGACAAUAAUGAAUGUAUAUAUCGUAAGUGCAGACUAUACAGAAAAGUGGCUAAGUCAAGGAUCAGAGGGUUUUGUAAAGCCUGUUUAUUUUUUUAAAUAAGUUUGAGCAUUUAUAUUUUACCACCAUUUACGUGGUUUUGGGGAACCCAGAUUGUGUCAAGAUCUCAUGCCAAAACAAGCCAAAAGUUGUUUGAUUUCAACCUUUUCUUCCAUGAACCAUAUUUUAAAUGAUAUUUUGUCAUUUUAAAUGUUUUAUUGAAACAUGUACUGAUGAAAAAAAAAAGAAAAAAAAAGAAACAAAAUGUCAUCUUGACAAAAGAUUUAUACAUGAAUCAGAAAGUAUUUAUUUCAAUUUUGUACCUUUCCAUUUUAAUACAUUAUAAUGUAUUGACUCAACCGAGAUAAUAUAAACAGUUCAUUUUAAUAACA